GGUUUGACGAUUGAACUGAGUUAUGAAUAAUACUGACUCCCGACGGUGAUGACGUAAAUACUAUUUCAUUCACCGAUUUCAUUUCACGUGCCCGCUCUCUAAUUACAUUAUGCCACUGAUGCAGUAUACAACUUCGCGCUUCCCAAAUCAUUUCAAGGCGUUCGUUUGUGUUGGUUGGCUGCCAUUGAAAAAGGUCUUUCAGGUUUUAGCUUGGACACAAAAGGAGUGUAUUCUGUGCACUUAGUUGAUGCCGGAUUAAAUCUGCAUGGAUCAGACAUCCUUUACCGGGACAUUUUGGACUUGAAAGUUGUUAUAUUACAUGAGAACCACAUAAUCUUCUUAUUUAUUAUUUCCAAGAUCUUGUGGCGCCGGGAGCGGCGGCUUUUUUUUGUUCGUAACGCUUAUCUUCACGUGGAGUAUAUCCACGUGGUAUAUAAUAUACUUUUAUAUAGCCUAUAUAGCUGUAAUAUAAUAGAGUUACACGUGAAGCAGUAUCGAUUGGGAACCAUGGGUGUCAGAAAAAUAAUUCAAGUCUGUUAUCUCCUUAUCGGCAUCCUAUCUCUUCUGGAUGUAGGCCGAUCAGAAAAUGAUGAAGACACGAGAGUGCAUCAGCAACGUGGUUCAUCGAAGGACAAUCCAAAGGCGGGAAAUUUCGAGAACUUUGUCGUCUGGCAGACAUCUGACGGAAAACGGCAGGUGACAAUUAAAUCAGGAAUGGCAUGGGUACAAGAAACUGCAACAUGGGAAAUAGGGGAGGAGGAAAUCCCUGCCGAUUAUGUGAUUCGACAGGUCACGGAUGGGUCAUCGCGUGUCGCAGCCGUGCUCGAUGGACAUGGACGAUUACGGGAAUGUCACAUCAGUCAUGACUAUAACAUCGCUGAGCAGUUUAUAUCGGACAUUAACAGGGACCACACUCUUUGUGCUCAUGUCCCCGACGAAACACCAAAACUUCGUUUCGAAUCGGACAACAUCAAAGGAGUAGAUGGUUCAAGUCUUCUUUAUACCAACCUUUUUUUAACCUCUUUAAAGGAUGCAUCUUCCACUGGUCUCCCGCAGUGUAAAAUAUUCUCAAACGUGCUCCUGCCCUCUCAACUCCUUAAUUUCACGAGCCUGAUUAAUGACUGUCAACAAUUCCUUUCAUCCGUGCCUCACUCCUCCGAUCGUACUUCGAAUUUCCUCGAUCACGGUAAUUUUUCAUUCUCCGAUCUCCAUCAUCCUGGUCACCGUCGAUCUCGUCGAAGCCUCAUGUAUCCGGGAACCCUGUGGUGUGGCGCCGGGCAUCGAGCCAAGUCAGAGUACGCCCUAGGUGAUAACACCUUCACUGACCGGUGCUGCAGAGCUCAUGACUUCUGCCCGAUGGAUAUGCAAAUACUAGCGUUCAAGACCAAGUAUUACAUGACCAAUAAGAAUAUGUUUACACUUAGCCACUGUGCAUGUGAUAAACGAUUUCACAAGUGCCUCCGCCAGGUUCGCAAUGCCGUUUCCUACGACGUUGGUAACAUGUACUUCAACAUCCUGACGUCACAAUGCUUCGUCGUGCGCCAGAAGAAACAGUGCGUCGAAAAUGGAUGGUGGGGAAAGUGUAACAGAUAUGAGAAGAGACCCACAGCCCUGCUGCGUCAACCGCGGGCAUUUCCAAAGUCUCUUAAGAGGAACAGAUCGGGCAGAACGAGGAAAAAUCAAACGAACGAACCGUGAAAUUGAAAUUGAAGAGUAUUGAUC